UCGAAUUCGGGCUAUGGCUACUAAUAACAUGUCAACAGAAGAAAUAGCCACCGGAGAAGAGAACGACGAGGAAUUUGAAGAUGCAGAAGAAGAAAUUUGUUUAUCAAAAUUAGAUCUAUCAGAUGCUAUAGAUCAGACCAGUACAGCUCUCAAACUUUUUCUCAACAACAAGUUCACAGAUGCCAAAGCUAGGAUGGAACCUGGGUCAAGCAGCAGUAUGUAUCAUGCCCUGGGAUACGGGACCAUACUUUACAUUCAGGCUGUCAUGACAUUUGACAUGACUGAUAUUGAGGCAGCUAUUCAGGCACUGAAGAAGUCAUUGCAUGUUUGUGAUCGACACAGGCGUAAAUAUUCAUUCACUGAAACCAUAACACGUUCUGGAAUUAAGACAUCUCAACUUAAAGAAGAUGAAAUCCAUGCAGAGCUAUGUUAUGCUGAAUGUUUACUUCUGAGAGCACUGUUGACCUUUGUACAAGAUGAGAAUCUCAUCAGUUUUGUUAAAGGAGGGUUGAAAAUUAGAGAAUGUUAUAAAGUUUACAAGGAAUGUAAUAAAAUUUUACUGAAGAGAAAUUUUGCAGAUGAGAAACAGAAACUCCAUUUUGAGAGUGGUGUGCUAAUGGGAGUUGGUGCUUUUAACUUGAUGAUUUCACUUCUUCCAAGUAAAGUUAUGAAACUUCUAGAAUUUGUUGGAUUCUCAGGAAAUAAGAAAGCAGGAUUACAAGCUUUACUUAAAGGAACAGAAGAUUUAUCAAGUCUAAGAGGCCCACUGUGUUCUAUAAUUCUAAUAGCAUAUCAUACAGUAGUUUGUUAUGUUCUAGGUUUAGGUGAUGGUGACAUUAGUUUGGCUGAAGAACUAUUAAAACCAUGUCUCAAACUUUAUCCUAAGGGAGCAUUAUUUUUAUUUUUUUCUGGAAGAAUUGAAGAAAUAAAAGGAAAUAUAGAUAAUGCUUUAUAUAGAUUUGAAGAGUCCAUAGAUUCCCAGCAGGAAUGGAGACAGUUUCAUCAUUUAUGUUUUUGGGAGUUGAUGUGGUGUCAUUGUUUCAAGGGAGAUUGGUUAAUGGCCAUGAAGUAUGCUGAGAGACUAUGUAAGGAGAGUAGGUGGAGUAAAGCUACAUAUACAUAUCAAAAAGCAGCAUUUUUACUCAUGUGUGACGAUCAAACCGAGGAGACAAAAACUCAUCUUCAUUAUUUAUUUAGUGAAGUUCCAAGACUUAAACAGAGAAUCGCAGGAAAGUCUUUACCUAUAGAGAAGUUUGCUGUGUUUAAAGCCAAACGAGUCAUUGAACAGGAUUACACACUAGUUCUGCCAGCAUUGGAGCUAAUAUAUGUUUGGAAUGGCUUUUCAAUACUGGGGAAGAAAGAGGAACUACUAAAUCCUGUGUUGGAGAAAGUAGAGAAAACAGUGAAUGACAUAGUGAACUCAAAAGAUGACAGAUUAUAUUAUGCUGAUGAUUACUGUUUAGCCUUAUUGUUGAAGGGAGUAUGUUUGAAACACAAGGGAAGUCAUUUCCAAGCAGAACAGUGUUUUACAGAAAUUCUUACAUAUGAAAAACAGAUAAAACAAGAUACAUUCCUAAUACCAUAUGCCACAGUAGAACUAGCCAUGUUGUUUCUGUUAGAGGAAAGGCUAGAUGAUGUUAAAAAGUUCCUGGACAGAGCCAAAAAAAACUACAAAGGAUAUUUGUUGGAAUCACGACUACAUUUUCGAAUCCAUGCUAUACGUCUACAGAUGAACUCCAUGCAGAGUAGUGAUAGUAGCAGUAACAAUUCUAGUCAAGUAUUAGAAUCACCAACUGAUGAUAUACCUUCAUCGUCAUUAGAACAUACAGAAUCGAUAGAAUCAACCAAUCUAUAAUUGUUUUAUAGCUUUAAUUUAUUUUUGAAUUCAACACUGUGUUCAAAUUUCUGUGAUAAACAUCAUGACAUAAUAUUAUUGCUCUGCUCACUUUAUUGUUACUUCUAAUUGUGUUUUUUAUUUUUAAGUUUAAGCAUUUUUUUUGUAUUUUCUUUUUAUAUUUAUUAUUACUGUUGUUCUAGUAUUUAUAGUUGUUUUAUAAAUUUUUCCAAGUCAACAUUUUUUUUUCAGUAACCCCUAUUUCAGUCAAAAGGGUAAGCAACAUAUUUUAAUUUUUUCAGUGCAUCGUUAUUUUAACUUUUACUUUGUAGAUGUACUCCCUGUACACAAGAUUUUGGGCUGUUUUUGCUGAUCAUUCACUCUUAAAAAAGAAUUACAUAGCAGAGAUACUUUAAUUUACCAUACACCACUGCAUUAAGGGAUAAAUCUUGAUUCCUGUCAUGUAUUUCUACUGUUGCAGUUAACAGUCCAUUAAAUGCAAACCAACAAUUGUUGUUAUUCUACAGGGAUGCACAAUCAUUUUUACACCUACAAUAGUAGAGGACAUUAUGUUUCUGGUCUGUAUGUCUGUUUGUCUUUUGGUCAGUCCUAAUUUAAGUUAGUUUGACCAUCAAAUCAACUUGAAAGUUGGUACAUAUGUUCAUCAUGAAGCAGACAUUUUAAAGUGUAUGCCAAAGUAGGGUUUUGACCCAGAUUCCACAGUUCACUGAACAUAGAAAUGUGAUAGUGCAAGUAGGGCAUGUUGUCUUAUGGACAUAUACUUGUUCCUUCAUAAGUUCCUACCCUGUUGAAAUACAUCAAAGAAUUAGAAAACUUAUUUUAGUAUAAACUCAGGGAAUACUUAAAUGAAUUGUUUUUUAUCAUUUUUUGUUUGCCAUUUGAUCGUUAGAUUUUAAAAUAAAAAUGCACAUUAAAAAUAUUGUAUAAGGCAAAUUUGCUUAUUAUAGAUUAAGAAUAAAUUGCAUAUGCACAUUUAAAAAUAUCAAGAAUAAGGCACAUAUGCACAUUAUAAAAUAAUGAAUAAGGUUCAUAAAGUUAACUUCUAUCUAGUCAUCUGCCAUUCUCCAAAGGACUGCCUAAAUUUUAUUAUUUAGGAUUUUUUUGUUGGAAAAAAAAAAUUUCAGUUUGUUUAUGUCAAUGUCCACUACUAAAUAUUUGGAAAGGCUUGCAUAGUUAUUUCCAUCUCAUUAACAUCAAAAUGUUAUUUUCAUAUUCUCUGUCAUCUGAGGUUAUGAUAGAACUUAAGAAGGAAUGAAGUCAAUUGGAUUAAGUUUCAAUUUUUAGCUAUAAGCUGUUAAGUAAAGAAUUAUCCUUCGACGAAAUCAAAAUUGAAUCUACCAUUAUUUAAUAUAAGUUGAGCCUUUCCAUCAGUUCUUGAUAAAUCAAAGAUGAAAUUCUACAAUCGAGCAAUUUUUUUGUAAAGACAGGUGUAUGAAAGUCUUGAUAUUAACUUGAUUUGGCCUAGUGUUUUUACACUUAGUAUUUUUUUUAAUCCACCAUAAAAUGUUGUUUGUUUUUUUAUUGAGGAAUGAAGUCUAUUCUUUUUUUCCCCAAUUAUUUUUUUAUUUGUUAUUUGAAUAUAGAAUAUUGAACAGUGGUAUACUACUGUUGCCUUUAUAUAUAGCUGUUAAUACAUGUAGAGUCAACUUAUUCAGAUUUGUUACCAAACAAGAGUUGGCUGUGUAGUAUUUGUUUGUCAUUACAAAUAAUUCAUUGGCUAUCAUGAUAUCCUGUAUGUCUUACUGGACUUCAAGUUUGUUAUCUGCAUUCACAUUUACAACAUAAACCGUCGUGUAUUUACCUGUGUUACAGCAAGUGGCUGGUUUAAUUUAAAAAACUACCUUAUAAAUUAGUUCUGUGUUUUGGUUUUCAACAAAUACACACCAUUUUUAUUCUUCAAAUUUUGAUUUGAAACCAGUCAGUGAUUUGGUCAGUGCUAUAAAAUAAGGUCCCUUUCAAAGAACUACUGUGUGAAUGCUUAUGAAUAUGUUUCUACAUAAAUUCCAUAUGAACAGUUGUGCAUCCCAUGAGCCUCUGUUUUUAAUUUUACAGUCAAUUCUGGAGACAUCUGAUGAACUAUCUAUUGAAUUUCUAGUCAUGAAAUUUUAUGUUAAACUGUCUCUUUUUUUGUAUAUUUUUCCUAAUAUUUUACAGAAAUGGAUUAGUUGCUAUUGAUAUUAAAUAUGCAUGAUGUUGUUAUUCCACUAUAAAAGGUGAAAUAACCCUUUCUUUGAGAUCAAGUACAUUCUUGGUGUUAGAAAUUUGAUUCAUUUUGGUGAAUAAGUACUGCAUAUAGAGAUGGAUACAGUAAAUAUUGUACAAGGAAGAAUUUCAGGGGUAGAAUAAUUAUUAUAUUAAUGAUAUAAAUAUAUUUUAUAAAAACCAAAGAAUCCCAAUCAAACCCCACUCUCUCAAAUACCAACAUUUUAUAUAUGAAACCUAUUAUUAACCUUAAUAAAACCACAAAAAAAUGCACCAAUAAUAUCUGCUGUUUAAGAAUUAAAGCAAGUUUUUUUUUACAUCUGUUGCAUAAUAGUCGUUAUAGUUGUUUUGUUAUAGUUCGAUAUGUUAGCAUUUUAGAAGAAUCAUUUGUACAGUUAUCAAAUUUUCUAGUAAGCAAUUUAACAUAUGUAAACUUUUUGUCUUCUUCUAAAUUCUUAUGAAGUAGGUUUUCAAUAUCAAAGUGAGAAUUUUGUUUUAAAAAUUUUUGUAGUUCAUAAUCAGAUUUAUCAUAAAAAAUACUCUUGUUUAUUUUAUUAUGUGUAUAUUUGGUUGAUAUGAAUAAAGAUUGAUUUAGUUAUGAAUGAUAUAAAAUUGAUAUUACAGGACAGUUGAUCAUAUAUUUCUUCGUAAAAGCCAACUUUUUUUCAUUUUGUCAUAUUCUGUGUGCGAAAUAGUAAUAAGAAAAUUUUCUAUAUCAGAAAUAUUUUGGGCCUCAUUGACGAAGUGGUUCUAAGUAGUUCUUAUGCUGUAUCCAUAUCUUGUCAACACAGAGGUUGUGAGUUCAAACCCAGCACAUGGCAGGUGUGUUUGACUCCAAUCUUAACCUGUCAACACAGAGGUUGUGAGUUCAAACCCAGCACAUGGCAGGUGUGUUUGACUCCAAUCUUAACCUGUCAACACAGAGGUUGUGAGUUCAAACCCAGCACAUGGCAGGUGUGUUUGACUCCAAUCUUAAUUGAUGGAUUGUCAGUUUUGCUGCCGGAGGUCAUGAUUCUCUCCAGGUUCUCUGGCUUCCUCCACCAAUUAAAACUGACCACCACGAAAUAGCCAAUAGUGCUGAAAGUAACAUUAAACACAAAUCAAUCAACCAAUAUAUCAAAAUAUAUUUUGGCUAAUAGAAUUUAUAUUUUGCAGCAUUAAAGGUACUAUUACUAUUUUAAUAUUUCAGCUUUGUCUAUCUGAAGACACUUUUAUUCCUUGUGAAGAUAAUAUUAUAUAUUUCAGUUUGCAAUUUUAACACUGUAAUUCUAAGCACAUAUAUUGUUGUAAUUUAACACAAUUUUUGGAACAGACAGAACAGACUCAAAGGUGAUAUUAUAUUUGCCAUUCAGGUAACAAUUAUUGCAGAUAGUAUUUCAAAUAGAGGUCUAAAUUGGUGUAAUGUCUAUUUUUUAGAUAAAAAAAUCAAAAGGUUAAUUGACAAAAUUUGUAUCAUUUUGCUUUUAACAAUAAACGUAUUAAGAUCAGAAACUAAAUGACAUAAAAGGAUUUGUUAAAUAGAACAAAAAAUAAUUGACAUUCAACUGAAAGUAGGUGAUAUAAAAUCAAAUUUCAACUUUCUUAAAGGAGUCUGUUAGAUGACAACUUAAUAAAUAGUUAAAACUGAAGUCAUAAAGUAAGAGGUUUAGUUCUAGAUAAUCCCACAAUUUCCCCAUUGGUUGUGCCUGUAAGUUAUCUGAAUAGACAGUCACUAUCCAGUUGAUUCAUCAGAUAUGACAUGUUUUUGUCAGUUAUUUGAGACUUAAGUUCAAGAUCAUACCAUUUUAAGAUAAAGUUGUACUUGGUAGUUAAAUUCUUGGAAAUAUUUGUUUAUGAUUUGUCUUCUGAUUAUAUCUAGAUUAUUUAUUUUUAUUUUUGUUAAUAAUAAAAUUUCUUCCUUAAUUA